GGAGUUGAUAUCCCUAAACACAGACACGUGCGUUCCUUGAGCAGAGGGAAUCGUUCCUCAACAGUUCGAUCGCGAAGUUCUCCCGUGGCAGUUCGGCGCUCGGAAAUUAUUCACCAUGGCCAAAAGCAUCCGUAGUAAGCGUGGCAAGAAAAUGCGAGCUAUCAAACGGAUCCGGUAUGACGACAAGGCCGUGAAAAAACUCAGAGAAACAGUGAAAAAAGGUGUCACUCGUGUCGUAGAAGAGGGAAUGGACAUUGAGCAAGCUGGCGGAGUGCUAGUCGACUACCUUGAGAAGAAGAAGCAAGCCUUGCUCAAAAGACAAGAGGAAAACAUGGAAGAGGGCGAAGCAAAGGUGUUCAACAAACGUAUGCAGGACGAGAACGGCCAAUAUCCUGUCUGGAUGGGGAAGAAGCAACAGAGAAAAACCAAGCACAAAACCAAGAAAAACAGGAAGAGUAAUGGCCGGAAAGACUCUUGGUGAAGUCCCUCCGUCUAUCUUCGUCGAACUCGGAUAAGGAAAGAUCGGCGACUGACGAGGCGCAGAAGUCGGGUGGAUUCUCGCGGCGGAUCCUGUAUAUAUGUUGAACUCCCACGCAGCGGCAUGUUAGAAUGUCGUUGAGGAAGCUCGUCAUCUAGGUGUAUGAUAUGAGCGCUGAGAAAUUCGAAAUACUGAAUAUACCCUAAUAUGUUCAGGAA